AUGUGGAUCUCUCUCACCUCCUUCACUCUGUUCCACGUUAUACACAGAGCCUGUCAUGCUGCCCAGGAGGUGCCAAGGAACCAAGAUAACAUUAAUAUUUGUUCUGAUAGCUGUCACCCGCAUGACUGCUCCGAUGUGUGGGCUCAAGGUCUGAAGACAGAUGGAGUAUAUCUCAUCUACCCCGGGGGACUCCCCACCCCCGUACCUGUGUACUGUGAUAUGACUGGAAAAGAUGGACCCUGGACUGUCUUCCAGAAGAGGUUUGAUGGAAAGGUGAACUUUUACAGAGGUUUGAAAGAGUACAAAGCUGGGUUUGGAAGAGUGGAUGGAGAGUACUGGUUGGGUCUACAGAAUAUCCACCUCCUAACCCUGAAGAAGUCCUAUCGUGUCAGGAUUGACCUGGAGGAUUGGGACAAUGUUGCUAGUUAUGUGACCUAUGAAAACUUCUCUCUGUCCCGUCUGGCCAUUGACCCUGAAGAAGACGGCUACAAACUGCACCUCGAGGGGUUUACAGAGGGUGCUGCAGGAGAUUCACUGACCGGUCAAGCUGGCAUGAAUUUUUCCACAUAUGACAACGACAGAGAUAUAUGGAGCAGCAAUUGUGCAGAAACGUUUCACGGUGCAUUCUGGUACAGCGAUUGCCACGGCUCCAACCUAAAUGGGAAAUAUCAAAAUGGUGUCACCACGGAGUAUGCUACUGGUCUGGUCUGGAGCACUAAUAAAGGAUACUACUACUCCUUUAAGAAGACGGUCAUGAAGAUAGGGCCAUCUGUGCCGGCAGCCUGAAGACAGUUCUGUCUGUGCAAAGGUUUUAAGAUGGUGCCGCUUGUGUCAUCAUUGUAACAACAUUAGAAUCUGUAUCAACACAAU